GCGACAUUCGGGAGAUCUCAUCUGAUAUCAAUCAUCGUAUCUCUACUGUGAGGAGUCAAAAGACAGUGCCACUCGUUCCUUCCGUAGGCGUAUCGAAGCAGAUCUAAUGCCAAAAAUGACUGCUUCAGCUUCACCCAGCUUGUGGUUGGCUCAAAACCCCAGCAAAAGAUGGGGGGAACACUUUUUCCUUAUGUACACCCCUUUCUGGCUCACCCUCUGUCUCGGCAUUGUCGUUCCCCUCCAUCUUUAUGAGAGCUUCACCGAAUUGGAGUAUCUGCUUCUAGGAUUGAUCUCUGCUGUUCCUUCUUUCGUUAUUCCGAUACUCUUCGUUGGAAAGGCUGAUCGAGGCGUGGCUUUGAAGGAUCGUUACUGGGUCAAGGCAGCUCUCUGGAUAAUAAUCUUCAGUUAUGUUGGGAAUUAUUUCUGGACUCAUUACUUUUUCACAGUUCUGGGUGCAUCUUAUACCUUUCCAUCAUGGAAAAUGAACAAUGUACCACACACAACAUUCAUGCUCACUCAUGUUUGCUUCCUGUUUUAUCAUGUUACAUCGAACAUGACUCUGCGCCGAUUACGACAUUUUACUGCCCAUUUGUCAGAAAAAGUUCAAUGGGUUACUGAAGCGGCAUGGAUUCUUGUUUUGGCUUAUUUUAUAGCAUACCUGGAGACGAUAGCUAUUGCCAAUUUCCCUUAUUAUCAAUUUGUGGAUCGGGACUCUAUGUACAAAGUGGGAUGUUUGUUUUAUGCCAUCUACUUUGCUGUAAGCUUCCCAAUGUUUUUAAGGAUCGAUGAGAAACCUGGCGAUAAAUGGGACUUGCCUAGAAUUGCUGUUGAUGCUUUGGGUGCUGCAAUGCUGGUCACAAUAAUUCUUGAUCUGUGGCGCAUCUUUCUGGGACCUAUUGUUCCAAUCCCAGAUGCAAAACAGUGUCCUCAAUCAGGAUUACCUUGGUUUACAGAAAAUGUCAAUUUAACUUGAGAGUUAUGCAAGGAAUUGUAGUUUUCGUUAUAGACCAAUGCAAUCCAAAAUUGUAGAUUGUUGUUAUAGGGAGAAUCUGCAGAAGGAAACUUGGACAAUCCUUGUACUACUGUUCGCACUACCAAACUCCUGAUUAGAUCAAUUUUAUAUUUGAAGUUACAUCAGGCUGGAGUCAAUCGGGUGAUUUCAUAGUGGUUAUUAAAAUUAAUGACGACCGAGUUCCUUGGCAC